AUGUCUCUGAUGUUGCAUGCCCUACGACACAUUAAGAGGAAAUCCAUACAUAGAGAUCAUCAUGCAGCGCAUGAGAGACUCAUGGCCGACUACUUUGCCGAGUCAUGCACUUACACUGACGCCCAGUUCCGACGCAGGUAUCGAAUGAAAAGGCCUCUCUUUCUACGAAUUGUGGACUCUAUAUCAAAUUACGACGAUUACUUCACACAACGGCGCAAUAAUGCGGGCAAGCUUGGGUUAACGCCUAUCCAGAAGUGUACGGCUGCCAUAUGCAUGCUCGCAUAUGGAGUCGCAGCCGAUGCUUGUGAUGAGUACGUCAAGAUAGGAGAAUCCACUGCUAUCGAGUGUACUCGCAAGUUUUGCGAAGGGGUAAUAGCAUUGUUUCAAGAUGAAUACUUACGACGACCGAAUGUGGAAGACUUGCAGAGGUUGCUCCAAGUUGGACAGGAACGUGGAUUCCCAGGGAUGAUUGGAAGUAUUGAUUGCAUGCACUGGCAGUGGAAAAAUUGUCCUAAGGCUUGGCAAGGGCAGUUUACUAGUGGACACAAGGGUAUGGCAACAGUUAUCCUCGAGGCAGUUGCGUCAUAUGAUUUGUGGAUAUGGCAUACUUUUUUAGGGCUUCCUGGUAGUUUGAAUGAUAUAAAUGUACUAGAUAGGUCACCGAUUUUUGACGACAUUGAGUCGGGUGAAGCUCCAUGGGUAAACUUCACCGUGAAUGGGCGGGAGUACAAUCUUGCAUACUAUCUUGCCGACGAAAUCUACCCUAAGUGGCCUGUCUUCGUGCAGUCAAUUCAAAUGCCCCAAGGCAACAAACAUCAAUUUUUUGCCAAACAACAGGAAUCAUGCAGGAAGGACGUGGAACGCGCAUUCGGGGUACUCCAAGCACGCUUCGCUAUUGUCCGCCAACCAGCUAGAAUGUGGGAUCUUGAUGUCUUAGGAAAAAUAAUGAGGGCGUGCAUUAUUUUACAUAACAUGAUAGUAGAGGAUGAACGAGAUACAUAUUCGCGAAACUGGGAAAAUAUCGACUUUGAACCGUCGAACAAUGCUAGCUCUAGCACCUUUUUUAAUGUUCAAACAGACGUGUUGCCGGAGUUUCAAGUCCAUGUUCAACACCGAUCUGAGGCAGAUAAUCAGACUAGAGCGGAACUACGAGAUAAGACCCAACAUAUUCAGCUGAAGAAGGAUCUCAUCGAGCACAUUUGGCAGAAGUUUGGGACAACCUCCGAUUAG